GGGGAAGAAACUUUGCUGAGGCUUUGUCAGCAGCUGCUUCUUGCCUGACAUCACUUGACCAGCACCUCUACUGUGAUGGGGCGGCAAAAGGACGUUCUUGCUACCAUUGAGGAGCACCUGAGAAUCAGAAACAAAUUAGUGCGGCAAGCACUGGCUGAGUGCCUGGGGACACUGAUCCUGGUGCUCUUCGGCUGUGGCUCCGUUGCGCAGAUCGUGCUCAGCAGAGGGUCUCAUGGAAGUUUCCUGACUGUCAACCUGGCCUUCGGCUUUGCUGUAACACUUGGCAUUCUGAUUGCGGGACAGAUAUCAGGUGGACACCUGAACCCAGCUGUCACUUUUGCCAUGUGCUUCUUGGCCCGGGAGCCCUGGAUCAAGCUGCCAAUUUAUGCCCUUGCACAAACCCUGGGGGCUUUCCUUGGAGCUGGCAUAGUCUUUGGGCUGUACUACGAUGCCAUCUGGGCUUUUGGCUCUAACCGGCUGUACACAAUAGGAGAGAAUGGCACUGCUGGUAUCUUUGCCACCUACCCAUCUGAGCAUCUGAAUGUUGUGAAUGGAUUCUUUGACCAGUUCAUUGGCACCGCCUCCCUCAUUGUCUGUGUCUUGGCUAUUGUUGAUCCCUUCAACAACCCCGUCCCCACAGGGCUGGAGGCUUUCACAGUUGGCUUUGUUGUCCUUGUUAUUGGAACCUCCAUGGGCUUCAACUCUGGCUAUGCUGUCAACCCUGCCAGGGACUUUGGGCCUCGUCUCUUCACAGCCAUCGCUGGCUGGGGUACGGAGGUGUUCGGGGCUUGCAACCAUUGGUGGUGGGUUCCAGUUGUUGCUCCUUUCCUUGGGGCAAUUGCAGGAGUGAUAGUCUACCAGCUGAUGAUUGGAUGUCACGAUGAGCCUUCACCACCUGCCUCUGAGCAGGAAACAGUCAAGCUGGCUAAUGUGAAGCACAAGGAGAGGGUCUGAGGAAGCUGCCACCCUGAUCUGGCAGGUAUUCAUUACUCAGGACUGCAAUUGGCAAAGAGGAGGAGAAGUUAAGAAGAGCUUCAAGAACAACAGGAAGAGUUUUUUACCUGUCUUGAGAUAUUCUAGUCUUUUUUUUUUUUUUUUUAUGUCCCUGAUGCAUUUGCUUUUGACAUUUCCCUGUAAGCCUUCCUCCAAAUGCAGUAUCAUGUAAUCUUUUCCUAAUAGAAGGGGAUUGAGGGCUGUAGGAGUCAGGAGAGAAGUGGGCAUUGCUGUCCAACAUGAGUCAGGUGUUCAAGAAUCUUCAGCUCUUUUGGGGCUGUGUUACUGAUGCUGCCUGUGACCUUGGCAAACUGCUUCCCUUCAAACCUGUGUUCCAAUCUGCAGAAUGGGGAUCAUGCAAAACUUAAAUCGUUUUGCUAGCGUGGAUUGGAAACUCCUACAUCCUGGAAAAAAUUUGCCUGUGAUUCUACUGUGGAUCAAAUUCUGCUUGAUGUUGUUCUAAAGUCAAUAACUUGACACCAGGAAUUAACGAGUCUAAAAGAUUUUUUUAUUGGCCAAACUUCUUAUAUCUCCCAUGAAUUCCUAGAACAUUGUAUCAAUCAACUGAUCCAUAACACCAACGCAGAGAGUAAGAGUGCACUGGAUUUUAAUUUAAUAUGAAGACAAAAUGUUUACAAACAAGUGCAGCCUGGUGUUCUAAUUUCAAAUUUUAAUAUUGCCAGCUCCUAGAGGAUCACACGUAGGAAAUCCUUGUUCUAGCCAGGGGCUAACCUAGACAGAAAGCUUGGCUCCCCGAAGCAGCCUUUCUAAUUAAUCAGCUUUUGUAUAUAAACUGCAAGCAGUUAACAGCCAAGAUCCACUGGAAACACGGUGUUGCUAAAGUUGCGUGUGUUCAUGUAAAUUUUACAAUACUGUUGUUGGUUGUUUGUUUUGUUUUUGGGUUGUGUUUUGUUUUUUUUUUUUUU